AUGCCGCAAACCAACGGCACCACCAACUCCCAAUUCAUCGACCACCUCACCUCCUACCCCGUCGUCUCCGACGGCAUCUCCACCUUCAAGUCCAACCCCUACGGCAAGAAGUCGCUCGAGCUGGCCGACAGCGCCUACACCCGCUUCGCCAAACCCGUCGAGCCCUAUCUCGAAACCCCCAAGCACUAUGCCGCCCCCUACGCCAAGAAGGCCGACGAGCUCGCGGCUUCCGGCCUCGACCAGAUCGAUUCCCGCUUCCCGAUCGUGAAGGAGGACACCAACACCAUUGUCGACAAGAGCAAGUCGCUCAUCUUCUGGCCUUUGAAGAUUGCGGACGACGGCAGGAACUACGUGUGGACCACCUACAAUGAUGAAUACAACAAGACCGCCUCCCACAAGAACCGCGGCGCAGGCUUCAGCACCCUCAUCCUCGCCAUCAUCAGCACCGAGCUGAAGCUCGCCUCCGACUUCUUCCAGGCCGUCGCCGACUUCCUCGGCCCCAAGUACGAAGAGGGCAAGCAGACGGCCGCCGACGUGGUGAAGCGCGUCGAGGAGACGGCCGAGAAGUUUGUCGGCGCGGCGCAGGAGAAGGGCGAGCAGGCGAAGAAGAAGGGCGAGGAGAAGGCGGGCGAGGCGAAGAAGCAGGCCGAGCAGACGAAGCAGGAGGCCGAGAAGAAGGCGCAGAAGUGA